AUGUCGCAUUCUACAAGAGUAAACGCUGGCCACAAAGCUGCCUUGCACAACCCAAAUGUCUCUGAUGAGACCAAGCAACACGAAAGAGAAUACCUUGAAAACGAAGGCGUGGAUGAAAGCUCUACCUCACAUGGAUCCUCACACAAAGGAUACAAGGCUACCACUCACAACCCUAAUGUGUCUGAGGAAGCCAAGCAACACGCUAAGGAUGAACUCGAACAUAACGAGAAGCUUCACAAUUAUCAGCAUUAA